UAGAAAAAAUGAACGAGAGCCAGCUGGAUGGGGUCCACUGGACCAACACACGGUUCAACGCGAGCGAGUUGACUCGUUGAUCUCGACUCAUAACUCGUAACCACGCUUCCAAUCUCAACCUUUCUUUCUGAUUUGGCAAACACGGUGGAGGAUGUCGGAAGGGAACCAGAUCGACGAUUCCAAAAACGACGACGUUGCAGAGGAUGAAUCUUCUCCGGUUCAACGCGACGAACCGGAAGAGAAGAUCCGUAAACGGGACCACAUCGACAUCCUUUCUCACCCCAACGUGAUGAGGCUUCUGAACAAGCAAGGUGAUCAGAUUGUUCUAUUUGCAGAUAAAGUUUUGAAGUUCACUGGUUCUGGGAAGAUGAAAUACCGAUAUCUGAUGAUUACGGAUUUUGCGGUUUACCUAAUUGACCCUGAAACUGAUUCCCUCAGACGGAGGAUAGCCCUUGCGGCGGUUGAGAAAAUUUGUGUCAGUACUUGGAGUUUACACCCAUUGCUCGCUCUCACAUUGCUCCAUCCUUUGCAAUUGUACUUGUAUGUGAUUGUUUGUACGAUCUACAGUGGGUCCCUGAGAAUUUUUACAGAAUGUGUUUAGAAAUUUUGUAUAUACAUGCUAGCAAACAAUUGACUUUGUUGGCGAUCCUCCAUUUUCUAAUCCAUGGUCUAAAUAGAGAUGGCAUGCUUUCAAAUUAGCUUUGGAAAGUUAAAAGAAUUUUUUUCCUUGUUUCAGCAAAUCUUGUUACAUUUCAUGCUACUUAGUUGAGCUGCAAUCUUCUGUGUGGGCUACUGAUUGAAGUUUUACACUAUAGACAUUGAAAAAACUUAGAGAUUAUAAGAUGUUAGUCCAAUUUUUGUACCAUCCCAGUAUUUCAUCUUUGUCUAUCUUGGUUAUGUACGAUGAUAUCUGGUAUGUCUGUGGUAGCUGUAUAAAUUUAUUGAUUAUGUAUGACAAUUAUGGUCCAUUGCCAAUGUGAAUUCUAAGUAAUCCAUUACACCCUUGACUGCUAUAAUGAUCAGUAUCCCAUUUCUGAAGUCCUCAUACUCACAAGGUAGUCCCGAUAAGCAUGAAAACGUCACCCCUGGGUAUGCACAGUGUAGUCUUGCAUGGCAGAUGUCUGCAACAUGAUUGCAUUCCCUGAUCCCUUUUCUGUUGUCUCUCUACUUUACUUUUCUGUUGAGUGUCUCAGUUUUAGUUAUGUAGGACAAUAAGCAGUUGACAUGUUUUUCUUUUCUGUUUAUAACCUGGUUAUGUGCUUUUUUAUGUGUAUGUCUUAUGCCCUUACUUUAACAUUUUCUAACCCCAAAUUUUAAAUUGUUUCUAGUAAGUUGUUUGUUGUUUAUAGACAUGGUCCAUACUGUAUUUCGAAGCUGACAAUCAAGGACUAAUGUUUUCAUGGGAUGUGGUUUCCCCUAACCAAAUGUAUUACUUUAACCCAGCAUGUUUGAUUAAUGUGUUGUACGGUCUUCUUUACAAUUUUGCUGUUGUAAAUUCUGUUGAGUAUUGCUUUCAACCAUUGUUACGAAAUUUUCUUGACUUUAAUCUAGCACUAAACACAUGCUUUG